CCUGCGGGACGAAAGCGGAAGCCUCUCGCCAAUGAGCGCGUCUUCCGAGCCGCGCCCCGCCCCACCCGGAAAGCCCGACCCGCCAGCCUUAAAGGGGCCGCGACGCGCUGUAGGGUGUUUGGGGUCUGUUGGCCCAGCUCAGCAAUGGAAAGACCUGGACAUGCCAGGAGUCGUCCAUUGUUGGAGGAAGAUGAGGAGGGGGAGGACCCGGUGGAUGCCAUGAUCUCGCGGACAGGCUGCAUGGCGCAGCACCGGGAGCUGCAAGAGUGUAUGGCAGCACAGCAGGACUGGCGGCACUGCCAGCCCCAGGUCCGGGCUUUUGGCGAGUGCAUGGCCCGGCGGCAGCGUGCUGAGGGGCUGCGCCAGGCAGCUGGAUCACACCAAGCAUCCAGCUCACAACAAGGCCAUCCCUCGCCUACUGGGAACUGAAAUCACCAGGGCCCCCGCUGCCAGCCAGCCCACCAGCAGCACCCCAAGAACACAGUGACUGUGCCACGUGACUCUUUUGUCUAAUUUUUAUUCAAGCAGAUAAUGUACCGGGUACAUCCGCACUAUAUUGUUGGGAAAUUAAAUCCGGUGUUUUUCAUCAUCCUGGUCAAGGUACUCGUCUCGGUCUGUGCUACCAGGGAUAUCUGGGAGCUUGGAGAGGAUGGUUGUAGGGUCAGAUGAGAAUUUACAGACCAAAAUGUCCCAAACAAGGAGCAUUCACAGCACCCAGGCUGGGUAUGACAGCCCUGUUGUGGAUUUCCACUCUGUGUCCUUCCCUGCACCAUACUAGAGCUUUUCCCAGCAGUGAUAACCUCCUGUGCCAUGGGACACAACUUUCAUGAGGAUUUAUCUCUGG